AUGGCAAUCGUCGCCGUGGAAAGUCACGCUGCCCAGCACAACAUCCCUUCUCGAGAACGAGUCGAGCCGGGCUCUCACAAUAUCCCACUCGGCAAGUUCCCCGACACCUGCACCAAACCCGCCGAGAAACCCGACCAAAUCGCCACGCAAAUCAUCGAUCGCUUGAACCAGGUGCUCUCCAAGAAAGAUACCAGUGCUCUCUCGCAACUCUUCCUCCAUGAUGGAUACUGGCGGGACCACCUCUGCCUGUCGUGGGAUUUCCGAACCAUCAAAGGCAGUGAUGCUAUUGCCAAGUUUGCGACGGCGAGCUCGUCGGGCAUUCAGGUGGAAGUUGACCACUCGUCGGCAUUCAGGGCACCGCAUAAUGGUCCUAUUGAUGCAUUGGGGGAGGUGCAUGGGGUUGAGUUCUUCAUCAAGGCGACCACGACUUUCGGCGUGGGACAAGGAGUGGUCCGACUGGCCCAGCAAGAAAAUGAUUGGAAGAUUUUCACCAUCUCAACUACUCUGUUGGAAUUGACGGGGCAUGAGGAGGCGAUCAAUACCCGUCGUCCAGUCGGAGUCAAACAUGGAAUGCAACACGGACGCCAGAACUGGCAGGAUAGACGCAACGUGGAGCAAGAAUAUGUAGACCGGGACCCUGCCGUACUCAUCAUCGGUGCCGGUCAGGGUGGUCUCACUGCCGCCGCCCGACUGAAGAUGCUCGGCGUGGACGCCCUGAUCAUCGACCAAGAAGAGCGAGUCGGCGAUAAUUGGCGCCGGAGAUACCACCAGCUUGUUCUGCACGACCCCGUGUGGUACGACCAUCUCCCAUAUCUCAAAUUCCCCGCGAACUGGCCAAUCUUCACGCCCAAGGACAAGCUGGCGGAGUUUUUCGAAGCCUACGUCAAGCUGCUAGAGUUGAAUGUGUGGACUCGGACCGAACCCACAUCCGCCACGUACGACGAGAGCACGAGACGGUGGACGGUCGUCGUGGAGCGAAAGUCGGCCAAUGGCGCGGUGGACACGCACACUUUACACCCGCGCCAUGUCAUCCAAGCCACGGGCCACUCGGGCAUGAAGAAUAUGCCCGAGUUCAAGGGGAUGGAUGGGUUCCAAGGAGAUCUGCUGUGUCACAGUUCGGAAUUCAAAGGUGCCCAGCCUGACUCCAAGGGGAAAACGGCCGUGGUGAUCGGCUCCUGUAAUUCCGGGCACGAUAUCGCGCAAGACUAUUGGGAAAAAGGAUACAACGUGACCAUGGUGCAGCGCAGCUCCACCUGUGUGGUGUCUUCCGAUUCCAUCGUCAAUCUGGGUCUGAAGGGACUCUAUGAGGAGAAUGGCCCGGUGACCGAUGAUGCAGAUGCAUACCUGUGGAGUAUCCCACCGGAGCUGUUCAAGGCCCAGCAGGUCAAAGUCACCAAACUGAUGACCGAGAACGACGCGGUCAUUCUUGAAGGUCUGGCCAAAGCCGGAUUCCAAGUUGACCAGGGUCCGAUGGGUGCUGGUCUCUUGAUGAAGUAUUUCCAGCGUGGAGGGGGUUACUAUAUCGAUGUCGGUGGGAGCCAGUUGAUAAUCGACGGCAAGAUCAAAGUCAAGCAGGGACAGGAGAUCACCGAAAUUCUUCCUCAUGGUAUCCGCUUCGCCGAUGGAUCCGAACUCGACGCGGACGAAAUUGUCUUUGCCACGGGGUACCAGAACAUGCGCACCCAAGCGCGUCUGAUCUUUGGGGACCAGGUUGCCGACCGACUGGGAGACGUCUGGGGACUCACUGCCGAGGGGGAAAUUCGCACCAUGUGGCGCCGAAGUGGCUAUCCAGGAUUCUGGUUCAUGGGAGGCAACCUCGCCUUGUGCCGAUAUUACUCUCGUCUGUUGGCCUUGCAGAUCAAGGCCCUGGAGGAAGGAAUUGCCUCGUACUGA